AUGGAAAUGAAGAAGCUCUUGUCCAUCUUCUUCCUUCUUUCCACAAUCUUAUGCCUUUUCACUGGCAAUGCUAGUGCUGGAGGUGUCUUCAAUGUGCUUUCUUAUGGUGCCAAAGCAGAUGGCAAAACUGAAAACUCAAAGGCAUUCCUUGAUACAUGGAAGGCGGCUUGCAAUGCUACCGGUUAUGCUAAGUUUGUUGUUCCUGGCGGGACGUACCUCCUUGGUCCGGUGAGGUUCACUGGCCCUUGCAGGAAUGUCCGGACCAUGGCAGUGCAAGUACAGGGGUUAUUGAAGGCAACUACAAAUUUGAAAAGUUAUCCAAGUGAUACUUGGGUGCUGUUUGGAUGGGUUGAUAAUCUCAUUCUCACUGGUGGUGGUACCUUUGAUGGUCAGGGUGCCUUAGCUUGGCCCUUCAACGAGUGUCCUAAGAAGAAGCACUGCAAAAUCCUCCCCACUAAUAUAAAGUUUGUGAAUACAAACAAUACGGUGGUGAAUGGGAUAACAUCAUUAAACAGCAAGAUGUUCCAUAUGGCUGUGCUGCAUUGCAACAACUUCCAAGCCCGGAACUUGAAGAUCAUAGCUCCGGCCAACAGCCCCAACACUGACGGCAUCCACAUCGAACGUAACUCUGGUGUUUCCAUAACUCAAUCUCAUAUCGGUACAGGCGAUGACUGUGUAUCCAUUGGCCAAAGUAACUCUGAUGUUUUCCUCGCCAACAUCAAGUGCGGUCCUGGCCAUGGCAUCAGUAUUGGAAGUUUGGGAAGGUAUAAGAAUGAAGGAGAUGUGAGAAAUCUUGUUGUGAAGGAUUGCACACUGACAGGCACUGAUAAUGGAGUGAGAAUUAAGUCAUGGGAGAAUUCUCCAAGCGUGAGCAAUGUUGUUAACAUGACAUUUGACAAUAUAAUCAUGAACAGAGUUGAAAAUCCAAUCAUCAUCGAUCAAACAUACUGUCCUUACCACAAGUGCGACACUUCGGCUCCAUCAAGGGUGAGGAUUCGUGAUGUGAGCUUCAAGAACAUCAGAGGAACAUCAAUGUCACCGGUGGCGGUGUUGCUUGAUUGUAGCAGAGGAGUGCCGUGCCAAAAUGUUAAAAUGCAAGAUGUUAACUUGAGGUAUGUUGGUGGACAGGCAGGCGUUCAAGUUUCCAGUGCCACUUGCAACAACGUAAAGGCUGCGUAUUCUGGCAAACAAGUCCCACCACCGUGUCAAUAG